UCAUAGUUCUAACGCCAGUCUGUGUUUGUUUCUCUCGUGAGCUUCCCUGAAACACAGGUCUUUUCAGGAUUUUCAGUUUAAACUUCAGCACACAUUAUGGCUACUAGAUUACAAGCAGCAUCAGAGGCCGUACGUGAUGUAAUUAAGAAGAGUCAAUUAAUAUCCUCCUCUUCUGAAGAUCCACCUUCACGAUAUCGUCUCCUCACAACCAGAACUAAUCUAAAUGAGAAUGACUCAGUAAGAAAAUGGACAUUUGGACAACGAGACAGCAACAUGAAAAACAAAAUCCUUCUGAUGGUUGGAGAAACUGGUACAGGCAAAACUACUCUGAUCAAUGCCAUGGUGAAUUAUAUACUCGGUGUGAAGUUUACAGAUGAAGUGUGGUUUGAAGUUACAGAAGAGGAAGGAGAUAAUCCCACGUCAGAUCAGUCACAAAGUCAAACAAGUCAAAUCACUGUGUAUGAGGUCUUUGCCAAAGACAACGCAACCUGUUUUACCAUCAUUGACACUCCAGGUUAUGGAGACACCAGGGGAACAGAUGUGGAUAAAAAGAUCGCUGAGAAUCUGUUCAAACUGUUUCAGAGUGACACUGGAGUAAAAGAAAUCGAUGCAGUGUGUCUGGUAGUAAAGGCAUCUGAGAAUCGACUUUCUGACAGACAGCAAUACAUCUUUGAUGCAGUUUUGUCCUUAUUUGGUAAAGACAUAGAGAACAACAUUGUCAUGUUUAUCACUCACUCAGAUGGAUUACCUCCAGAUAAUGCUCUUAAUGCCAUCAAGAAAGCAAGGAUUCCCUGCAGGAAAGAUGAAGAAAAUGAACCUGAGCAUUACUUAUUUAACAAUCGGCAAACUGAGAGGAGGAUCAAAAAGUAUAACAGAGCUCUUCAGACAGCUUGGGAACUAACAGAGGAGAGUUUAAAUGAUUUCUUUGACUCACUGAAAGAGCAGAACAGAAAAAGCUUAAAGCAGACUGAAGAGGUUCUGAAGGAGUCCAAACGACUUGAAGCCUGUAUUACUAAUCUACAAGACCGUAUUGACUUUGUGGAACGCAAAGGGAAAGAACUGGCUCAGAUCCAGAAAGCACUUGAGGAAAAUCAAGAGAAGAUUAAGAAAAAUGAAAACUUUACUUUUAAAGUCACCACAUCUUUCAGAGAAAAAGUACCUAUUGAAAAUGCUUCAUGGUGGAACAGGAAGGCUACCAGUUGUUCUGUCUGUCAGGAAAACUGUCAUGAGUAUGGCUGCUGGGCUGCGAUAGGUGCUUCACGGUGUUCUGUCAUGAAAAAUGACCACUGCACUUCAUGUACAGGUAAAUGUCAUCACAAUAAACAUGUCAAAGAGAACAAGAAGUAUGUCACACGCAGCAAAGACACCGUAAUGAGUUAUAAUGAACUUAUAAAGAAAUAUGAAGGGAACAAUGUAUCUGAAUCAGAUACCAAGUUUGACACAGAAUCAUUUAAAAAUGUCAGAGAAGACUUGGAAAGCAACAAGAAAGAGAAAGAGGAAAAAAUAAAUAUAGUGAAGAGAUUGAAAGAAGACAUCGACAAGAAUGAAAAGCAAAAAGCCGACCUGAUAGAAGAAGCGUACACCGCCAUCAUAAAACUGUGUAAGAUUGCUUUAAAGUCAGACUCUGCUUUCAUUGUUCAGACUAUCGACUUCUUGAUCCCUCGAGCUGAGGAAACUGGAAAAGAUGUAGUUGCUUGUAAUCUGAAAAAGCUGAGAGAACUUAAGCCUGAAUCAGAGGAAACAGUUAAUGCUGCGGCUGGAUAUUUCAGUAGACUAAUGAAUGCUUUAACUAAUAAAAAGUGAAUAUAAAAUAUUUAAUAUGGCCAGGAAACAUGCAAAGAAGAAGAAAUUGUAAGCAUAUCUAAAUUAAGAGUAUAAUUGUAGUGUUAUUAGUAGUAAUAUAAUAGUAGUGUUAUUGAUGUAAUAGAGUAUGCAGGAGAGGUUUCAGUCAAGUAAAAAUGUUUUUGCUGGUACAAAAUAAAUUCAUGAGAUUAAUCAUGGCCAUAUAGCAUGUAAUACAUAAACCAUUAUGAACAUGCAGUUGUUUGUUUAACUAAUAAAAGGCAUUGUGCUUAUUUAGAAAUGCAAUUAAUAGUUUGCUUUGGUUUGGUAAUGC